AGCGUUGCCCGCCUAGUGAUUUCCUCCGGUCAUAUAGAUGCGCAGGAUCGAGCGUGUGUCAAAUGGAACAAUGUAACGGAUCAGAGUUGACAGCCUCAGACGAGAGGUUACUGAUUAAUCUCAGUCCGGCUCCAUAACCAUAGAUAAGGGCUCGAGAUCCGCCUGAUUGACGGGAGAAUGACCGCAGGUCUGCAUUGAGCAUUUAGUGUCUUCUUUUCAAGGAACAUUUGCUUUGAAUGGGGAACGUAAUUUGCAUGCUACCCAAGUUCAGGCAGGAUCUUACACAAGCCUGGAGACGGGGAACGCACCUGCCUCUCUUCCUCCACCUUUAGACUCAUUCAUCAGCACCAGCCGUCCGUCUUUAAUGGGAUAAACUAUCUCCAGAGAUCAGGUCUCCGCAUGGUACUCUGGUCGAAAGAUCAAGAAAAACUAUCCGACAUGUCCGCCGGGAUGGAAAGGAUAGAGAUGAAGAAGGAAGGGGUGCUGCCAGCUUUCCACCACUCCAACGGGUCGGUCCAUCCAGUUAUACUACCUGACAACCCAGAGGAGUUACCCCAGACCCCCGGAGAGUAUGAACUCACAGAGGUGACCUCCAUACCGGACCGCAGUGAUCAGGAGAACGAGCGGCCAGACAUGGUGGUUCUUGACUGUCGGGCCAACGCAAAGGGCCAGAGGGAAGAGGACGCGCUCCUGGAGAACAGCAGCCAAAGCAACGAGAGUGAUAACACUAGUAUGGACCAAAGCCCGGUGCCACCGGCUCCACUAAAGGAAACGUCCUUUUCUAUUGGACUCCAGGUGUUGUUCCCUUUCCUGCUGGCAGGGUUUGGGACAGUUGCAGCUGGCAUGGUUCUGGACAUUGUUCAGCAUUGGACGGUAUUCACAAAGGUGACAGAAGUCUUUAUCCUGGUGCCUGCUCUCCUGGGCCUGAAGGGGAACUUGGAGAUGACCCUCGCGUCCAGACUGUCUACCGCGGCUAAUAUUGGACAAAUGGAUACGGCCAAGGAUAUGUGGAAAAUGAUCAUGGGAAACCUCGCACUAAUUCAGGUUCAGGCCACAGUGGUCGGCUUCCUGGCUUCCAUCGCCGCAGUCAUUUUUGGCUGGAUUCCAGAGGGAAAUUUUAAGAUGGACCAUGCCAUCCUGCUCUGUGCCAGCAGCGUGGCCACCGCAUUCAUCGCUUCUUUGCUGCUAGGUCUGAUCAUGAUCGGGGUUAUCAUUGCAUCCAGGAAGGUUGGCAUCAACCCAGACAAUGUGGCCACCCCCAUCGCAGCCAGCCUCGGUGACCUGAUCACCCUGGCGCUGUUGGCUGGCAUCAGUACUGGCCUGUAUAAGGAGCUCGAAUUCAACGAUUAUGCCAACCCAAUGGUUUGUGCCUUCUUCAUCGCCCUGACACCCAUCUGGGUACUUAUCGCCCGGCGGACACCUUCCACCCGGGAAGUGCUAUACUCAGGCUGGGAGCCUGUCAUUAUAGCCAUGGCUAUCAGCAGUGUUGGAGGCCUCAUUCUGGAUAAGACUGUAUCUAACCCCAACUUUGCUGGAAUGGCAGUUUUCACUCCUGUCAUUAAUGGUGUGGGCGGCAAUUUGGUUGCGGUUCAAGCCAGUCGAAUCUCCACCUACCUGCACAUGAACGCCUUGCCCAUACCAGAGCCAAACCCAGCGCCACGGAAAUGUCCCACUCCCUGGAGCACGUUCUUUGGCUCAGGUGUAAACGGACGUUCUGCCCGAGUGCUCUUCAUCCUGGUCGCUCCUGGUCAUCUGGUCUUCCUCUACACUAUCAACUCUAUGCAAGGUGGACACACGUCGAUCACCUCUGUCUUCAUUGCAUUUUAUCUGGCCGCAGCUCUGCUUCAGGUUGUGAUCCUGUUGUACCUUGCAGACUGGAUGGUAAACUGGAUGUGGUGUCGAGGGAUGGAUCCUGACAACUUCUCCAUUCCCUACUUGACUGCUCUGGGAGACCUGCUGGGGACAGGCUUCCUGGCUCUGUGUUUCCACAUCCUGUGGCUAAUUGGAGAUCGGGACACAGAUGUGGGUGAUUGAUCCACACUGCUUCCUUUGACUCUGUCCAAGCAACAUAAUCGUCUUUAUUUAUAAUGCCACAUAGAUAAAUAAUAUCUAUAUUGUUAUGGCUACAAUGGCUACCAUGAUUUUAUUGAUGACAAUUUUGCUUUAGUAUUGAUAUGUCAUUUCGUUGUUGUUUAGCUACUGGGAGAACAACGAUCCUCAUUAUUUUUCAAUGGGGAUGUUCGGCCCUAUCUUAUGGCCAGUCGCAUUGGCUGCAUGUAACGAUGACAUCGACCUAAACUUGAAAUAUUUCACGAGAGGCAAAUGAACAUAGAAUGCUAAAUCACCAAGUGCUACAAAAUAGUGAUUUGAUGGUGGAACUGAAUCUCUAAGGGGACCUUUUAAUGAUAAAACGCAGAGAAAACAGCCCUAUUUAACAUGCAAUUUUACGUUUUCAUGCUCUAAAUUUGCUUUAGUAGCUCUGCUUAUGGUUACAGAGAGAGAUUGUAACCUGAAGUGCUUUAUCGUUUCAGUGAAAUCCCUGAAAUACUCAAUAUAUCAGACUUUGCCUCAUUUGCGUAGGUACAUUUCCAUUCUGUAUACAAGACUUUCACCCAGUCAAAGGCCUGUAAGAUUGUUUUAAGCUUCUCAGGCCGUUAUUGUGAAGUCCACAUCCGUUAAUCUCCAAAAUCUCUUCUGUGGACUCAAAAUACUGGGACAGUUCAUGUAUUUGUAGGGAUGGUUAACAAAGUGGUUAUUUUAAAACAGCUGUGAGUUAGAAAAUGGCAUUCAGGACCCUUUUUAUUAAACCAGAAAUCAUAUUUGACAAUGUACUUUUAAAGGCUUUCCAAAUCUAAAUUAAUAUUCUAAGAUUUUUAGUCAAGUGGGCUCACAAAGUCUUCAAAAUUAAUUGAAAAUUAUUAUCAUGUGAGUUGAAAGGAAGUAUACAUUGCAAAGCACUUUAUCUGCCUUUAAAGAAAUUAAAUUACCCAGUAAUAUGAUUAAAAAAAAUGCAGAGCCUGCAAACUCGAGGCAAAAACGCUUAUCACAGUCAAUUAAAAAGAGAAAAGGCCCAUUUCAUUGCUCAGUUACCUUAUAGAUAGGCUAUAUUUUUGCAUAAUAUAUGUAAAAGGCAGUCUAAAACUACACUAUAACAUGAUUUUUCGAAGCUGAGAAAAUUCCUACACCAAUUUUGUAACGUCUUUGUUUUAACACAAAACUAGCAAAGAGUCAGUUGGUGAAUCUAGUUAGUUUAAAUGGAAAAGCACCUGCUUGUUGACCGCAAAUGUGAAAUGCUAUGCCUCAAAAGCCUUUUAACGAUAUGAUAAUUAUUUCUGUAGAUUUAUGCAAAAAAUGCUUAUGAAAAGGGCUAUUUAGAUAUCUCUUUACCUCUGCAUGCUAGCUAAAAAAGUGCUGUUGUACCGGCUCUCCGAAUAUGUUUGAAGCCAUGCUUGAUUACAUUUCUUGAAAGAGUUUCUUUUAUACCGAAGAAGAGAGAGGUUUUGUUUUGAAUGUUUUUAUGUGUUUAAUGCCACUCAGAAACACUUGUAAGGCUAACAGGAAUGCUAGCAGCUAAUCCGUACCUCAGCUCUCUGCCAUAAAAAUCUCUAAUCAGUAGUUUACAGUAAAAUAAUGUAUAUUUUAAUGACUAGCAAGGUGUAAUAAAACAAGUGACCUCCAUAUGGACGGUGUGUUAACGUUAGCCUGCCAUUGCUAAAGGGCUGCAUAGAAAUCGCUUAAUUUGCGCACAUUUCAUAUAAUUCACGAUAUAUUAAACAUACCCACUUUAUUUUCUGUCUUUAAAUGUCUGUUUUCUUUAAUUGUGCAAGUAUGUUAAGGCGAGUCCUAGUGUUGUUGCGGAAAGCACGUUUAAUGUCACAAUAGAUCACUGUGCACAAGAUGUACUGUAAUGUCAGAGUUUGCCACAAGAGGUCGCGCUUGUGCAAGAAGAGCAUGUUUAUACCAUAAUUACGUGUUCAAACAUCACAAAUCUUACUGUGUAACGGAUCCUGUGCUGCCAUUGUACCAUCUCUAUAGUUGUGAAUAUUUCUUCAGGGGAUGGGAGGCUUUGUUUAUUUAUUUCUAUAGAUGUGACAAAGCUUUUUGUAAAUAAUAUAUUUAUUCUAUAAAUUUUUAUUUUUCAGUUUGUUGCAGUUUUCUUUGCAUUGGACCAGUAGAGAUGUUUACUGUACGUUUAUCAGUCUUUUUUUUUCUUCUUCUUCUUAACAAAUAUAUCAAAGUUUGGUGCCUAAUAUCCAGCAAAACCUCACACUCGAUCUGGUUCGGUGAAUUGAGCGUAAUAUGCCUUAACAAAUCACAAGCAAGGCCCGACACAUACUGUAGGUAUUAUAGGUUUUCUGAUUUGUCUUUUUUUUUUCUUGUAUAUGAUUUUUUUAAUUGAUGGAGUUGAUUUUCAUAGUGUAUUCUGUUGAUUUGUGUACUCAAAUCAUCCCGUCUGUUGUGUUCUUCCAGGGCAGAUGUAUCGGUGGUAAAGUCAUCCAAAGCAAAGCCACUGAGAGCUCCAUAAGUUUUAGAGGAAAUUAAUAUUCACUUAUGGGUUGUCUAAUUUGUCACAUAUUCCCUCUAAUCUGUAAUCUGUAUGUAACUUCCUACAAGAAAACAUAACCUUCUUUGAGUUAAAUUGGCCUUGAGAGUCAGAUCCCAGCCUCUCAAGGAAGACUAAAGCAAAUUUACCAGUUUAUCCAAGAGUGUACAGCUAGUAAUGGUAACUGGUUAUCUGAGUUCUUUGAUUCUUCCCCAUCAGUUUCUGGCCCAGCAGCUUCAAUCUGACACUGGUAAGGGGAUUUAACAGAGGUACUUGUAAAUUGAUGGAAAUAAAAGAUGAUAUUAUUUUGUA